CUGGCACAAGGUCGCUCCAGGAGGGAGAAGAAAGACAAGGGAGGGAAAUUGGCAGCACUUGCAAGAUUGAAGGAAGUAAAGUCAAAAGGUGGAAAGAACAAGUAUGAUAAAGAUGAGGAAGAUGAUGUUUAUGAGAUGGUGGAUGAAGACGAGUACUCGAAAAUUGUCCGUAAGCGUCAGGAAGAAGACUGGAUUGUGGAUGAUGAUGGAAGUGGCUAUGUGGAAGAUGGUAGGGAGAUAUUUGAUGAAGAACUGAAUGAUGACCAGUUUGCUAAACCAGAUAAGAAAAAGGAAGCAGAAAAGAAGAAAAAGAAUCCCAACAUUAUGAGACCAGGUGCAAAACCAAAACAGAGCAUUAAAUCCAUGUUCAUGGCACAAGCAGCUACAGGCAAAAGAAAACCAGAGAAAGAUGUAAGUUUGAAAGGAGAUGAACUGCUUGGAGAUUUGAUGAAUGAGCUUCACAGUGGACCAUCUGAAAUGGGGAUACCAAAACCGGUGAAACUUACAAAGAGGCCUUUAGUUCAACAGCCAGCAAGAUCUCCACAUAUGCCAUUCAGUACAGCAAAACCUGUCAGACUGCCACCAAAACCAGCCUCAAGUGGUGAAAACACUUUCAAAGUGAAGGGCUUGCCGAGGCCAGUGAUCAAGACGGAGCCGAUGGAGGACACUCCACAGAUAGAAGAAUAUGACAGUCAGGCAAGUCCUAUGGUAGAAGAUGAGAAAGAAAAUAUAAAAGACACUAUGGAAGAUGUCUCGGGAAUGGAGUUUCAGGAUGACGACUUUGAUGAGGAAGUUGCAGAUAUAAAACCAGUCCAGGUGAAACAGGAACCAGGCGUGAUCAAACAAGAACCAGUCAUUAAGCAGGAACCAAUGACCAAUAUUAAAGUGAAGUCUGAAAAAAUGUCCAUUGAGUCUGUAACUACAGGAUGGGACAGUUUCCAGGACAAUAGCUCAGCCAGUCAAUCAGAUGUUCAAGUAGAUACCUCUCAGAUUCCCAUGGUAACCAAAGAAAAUGGUGAACAGGUGCUGCGAUUUUAUUGGUUGGAUGCUUAUGAGGAUCAGUACAAACACCCAGGAAUUGUGCAUUUAUUUGGCAAAGUCUGGGUAGAAGAAGCCAAAGUUCAUGUAAGCUGUUGUGUCACAGUGAAGAAUAUAGAAAAACGCCUCUUUAUUUUACCGAGACCUACCAGAAUGUGUAUGAAGACGAACACCGACACAGGGUUUGAGGUUGGAAUGGUUGAUGUAUAUACAGAGUUUAGUGAGAAAAUUGUAGACAAAUAUAGAAUUGGCAAGUUCAAAACAAAGCCGACGUCGAAGUUCUAUGCUUUUGAAAUAGCUGAUGUACCAGCUGAAUGUGACUAUCUAGAGGUUAGAUAUGAGGCAGAUGGGCCGAUACUGCCAAUAGAUCUGAAAGGAGAGACAUUUAGCCAUGUAUUUGGUACAAACACUUCAAGUUUGGAAAGAUUAUUGAUAGACAGAAAGAUGAAAGGGCCUGGUUGGUUGGAUAUAAAAUGUCCACAAAUAACAAACCCUCCAGUCAGUUGGUGUAAACUUGAGGUUGGUGUGUCGGGCCCAGACAGUGUUACUGUGUGUACAGAACAGAACCUCACACCUCCACCUCUCACAAUCAUGACAAUGAACAUGCGGACAUUGCCCAACAAUAAAACACAUCAAAAUGAGAUUGUAGCAGUGUCGUGUCUGAUUCAUAAUUCUUUCCAUAUGGAUAAACCUGCCCCAGAACCAGCAUUCCAGCAACAUUUCUGUGUUAUCAGUAAGCCUAAUGAUUGUAUAUUUCCAUGGGAUUUCAAGGACAAAGUACAGAGAGAGAGUAAGAAGAUGAAGGUUGAAGUACUGCCAACAGAGAGAGCUUUACUUGGCUACUUGCUAGCUAAAAUACACAAAAUAGAUGCUGAUGUUAUAGUGGGACAUGACAUAUUUGGCUAUGAUUUGGAUGUGUUGUUACACAGGAUAAAUGCCAACAAGAUUCCGCACUGGUCCAAGAUAGGACGCCUCAAAAGAACUGUGAUGCCAAAACUUUCUAGUCAUGCCGGUCGAGGAUAUGUUGAUAAGUCAGCGACUUGUGGGCGUGUUGUGUGUGAUAUCAAAAUCUCUGCCAAGGAGCUUGUUCGCUUGAGGAGUUCUGAUUUGACUGAACUUACUUCACAGAUUCUCAAACAGUCUAGAGUGGAUCUGGAUUUUGAUACCAUUAGAAAUAUGUACAGUAAUUCUGAGAUGCUGUUGAAGUUGAUAGAAAUGACACUGAUGGACUCCAGUCAUAUAUUGAAGAUCAUGUACGAGUUAAACGUUAUACCUCUAGCUUUACAGAUUACAUCAAUUUGUGGCAAUGUCAUGAGUCGGACACUGUUGGGAGGAAGAGCAGAGAGAAAUGAAUAUCUUCUGUUACAUGCCUUCUCAGAGAAAGAUUACAUUGUUCCUGACAAGGAGUACAAGAAAAAGGCAGUAGUGGUAGAAGAUGCUGAUGAAGAAAUAGACUCUAGUAAAUCUAAGUCGGGACAAGGACGCCGGAAACCAGCAUACGCUGGAGGUCUUGUGCUCGAACCGAAAAAAGGAUUUUAUGACAAGUACAUAUUGUUGCUGGAUUUCAACAGUUUAUACCCAUCUAUCAUACAAGAAUACAAUAUAUGCUUCACUACCAUCAACAGAACCGACGCACCUUCUACAUCUAAUGAUGAAGAAGAUCUGCUGAAAAUGGAACUCCCUGAUCCAGAUCUAAAACCAGGAAUUUUACCAACAGAAAUAAGGAAGUUGGUCGAGAGUCGGCGACAAGUGAAAAGUUUGAUGAAACAAGAUAAUUUACCCUCGGAACAGAUGAUGCAGUAUGACAUCAGACAGAAAGCUUUGAAACUAACAGCUAACAGUAUGUAUGGUUGUCUGGGGUUCACGUUCUCGAGAUUCUACGCUAAACCACUUGCUGCGCUCAUCACAAUGAAGGGUAGAGAGAUUCUGAUGAAAACGAAAGAUCUGGUUCAAGCAAUGAAUUUAGAUGUUAUAUAUGGAGACACAGAUUCUAUCAUGAUCAACUCCAACUGCACAGAUAUAGAGCAAGUUACAAAGCUAGGAAAUAAGAUCAAAGCUGAGGUAAACAAGCUGUACAAACUGUUGGAAAUUGAUAUAGAUGGUAUAUACAAGAGUAUGUUGUUGCUAAAGAAGAAGAAGUAUGCUGCUCUAAGUGUACACAAGACAUCAGAUGGGAAAUACAUAACACAGGAAGAAAAGAAGGGUCUUGAUAUUGUCAGGAGAGACUGGUCAGGGCUGUCGAAAAAUGUUGGAGAUUUUGUUGUAUCAACAAUUCUGUCUGGUGAAUCUAGAGAAACUGUUGUCGACAUUGUGCAUGCUAAACUUAACGAGGUCGGUGAGCAAGUGAGGGACGGCAAAAUACCUCUAGAUCAGUACCUCAUCACAAAGCAACUGACCAAGAAUCCAGAAGAUUACCCAGACAAGAAGAGUUUACCUCAUGUUCAGGUAGCUCUAAGACUGAAUAGCAAGGGAGGCAAGAGGUUGAAGGGCGGCGACACUGUCUCUUAUGUUGUCUGCGAGGAUGGUUCUAAUCUUCCAGCGUCACAGAGAGCCUAUCAUCCUGAUGAAUUAGCGAAAUCAGAAUCCCUGAAAAUAGAUGAGAAGUAUUACCUGGCUCAUCAAAUCCACCCAGUUGUAUCUAGGUUGUGUGAUCCUAUAGAAGGAACAGAUGCUGCUCAUAUUGCUGAGUGUUUAGGUUUAGAUGCAUCUGGUUACCGUCACUCGGUACAACAUCAUGAUGAAGAUGAUGACGAUGCCCUCCUGGGUGGCGUUAGCAUCACUGACGAAGAAAAAUACAAAGAUUGUGAGAGGCUGAAAAUCGUAUGUCCAUCCGAAACAUGUGGAAGGGAGAUUAUUCUUGAUGCCCCUCUUAUUGGAGCUGACAUAUAUAUUGAAGCUUCCCUUGGUAAAUGUCCCAACAAUCAGUGUAAUGUCAAACUGUAUGAAACUAGUGCAGCCGUCGCCAAUAAAGUCACGACAGCAAUUCGACAGAAGAUUAAAACAUAUUAUCAGGGUUGGUUGAAAUGCGAGGACUCGGCGUGUCAUGCCCGUUUACAGAAACUUCCACUCAUGUUUCAGAGAGGACGACCUGUGUGCCCUGUCUGUAGUAGAGGAUUCUUGCAAGCAGAGUACACAGACAAUAUGUUGUACACACAGAUGUGUUUCUACCAGUAUUUAUUUGAUUUAGAUAGAGCUACUCAACAACUUACAGGGAAAGAAAAGGGAAAAAUGUCUGAAGUUAAGAUGGAUACAGAACUAUGCAAGGCUUAUACUUACCUCAGGAGAGUGACAGACAGAUGGGUAAGGAAGAACGCGUAUUCCGAGGUCAAUCUCGACAAAUUGUUUGAAGGACUUUUUACUCUCAAAUGAUAACAAGGACUUGGCUGUCAUCUUACCACUCGAUCAGUUUCCUUUUACACCAUUACAUCUGAGAUGAAGAAUUUAGUAGAAUUCUUAGUGAAUAUACUAGAUAUUAAUUUAUUUGUGCUUGAAUUGUAAACUGUUGUGUAUCAGAGUCAAAGGCCUAUUUACAUAGACAGGGUUUUUUUUAGGCCAUGCCAAAAAGUAUGUAUUUUUCCCAAAAUUAAUGCAAAAAUUCCCAAUCUACAUUCUGAAUAAAAUUUCAUCAAAAUUGCACAAAAAUUGACCAAGUUAUGGACAAUUUCGUAAUGGAAGUAUGUUAAAGAUGUUCUACGAUGUGAAACAAGUGUAUGAGAAAGUGCUUACACACAUCCUUACUGUAUCUAAUGGGACUAAAUAUUUCCCAAUUUGGAACAUUUACGCAUCGAAAUUCCCAAUUCUGGGGGUAUAGGCUAUGUUCCCAAAUUAGCCAGAAAAAACCCUGAUAGACCAGUGUUGACCUGUAUGUGUUGCAAUACCUACAAAAAUGUUUGGAACAAAACUUACCAGAAUGGGCAUUUUAGUAAAUACUGAAGCAUGGCCACCUCAAGUGUUCAAAUUAUUGAAAUUGUGUUCAUUUCCUUGUAUAUAUACAUGUACACAGCUUUUGCAGAAUUUCUAUAUAUACUAUUUAUUGAUUUUUUUAUUAAAACUGUGUACCUUUAUACAUAGUGUUAUAGUAGUAAACAGAAAUUAAUUUGUGUGAAUAGAAUGGGCAGUAUAUAUUCGGUAUACUCUUGGUAAUAUUCACAUAUUUAAGUUUGUUUAGUGAUUUCAUUAUUUCAGCCUUUGUCAAUGUGUGAAAUAUUGCAAAACAGGAAACUGUUCUAGGACAGAUACAGAUUAAAAAUUCACAAAUAUUUUUAAUUAUUCUCAAAUAUAAACAAAAAUAAAAACGAUGGCAAUACAUGUAUACCAGUAACCAACUCUGCAGUAAUAUAUAAAUUAUAUUUUGAUAUUACCAUGUUGCUCUAUUUUCUUACUAUAUUGUAAAUGUUUACAUUGUAUAAAUACUUUUGCUUUAAAAUCAAGUGCUUAUAUCAUGUCAAUUCUCUGUUUGUGUAAUUUUGCCCUGUUUAGGGGAAAAUACUGUUUUACUAAAUAUUAGGAGUAAACCUACAAACUGAUUUGAAUUAUAUCUCAACACUACCAAUUAAAAUGCAAAAACUGAAAUCUAAAAUGCAUUUCCAAAUAAAUGGAAUAAAUGUACAAAA